UCUUCAUAGCCAUCCUCAAUGGAGGAUAUGUGGGAAUAGGAUGUAAGAUCUAAAUAGGAUCUAUUUAAAGAACAAAGAGCUAAAAUGCAAAUAGUUUUCUGUGACACUGGUGUUUGUCAACAGAGGAAAUCCACUGUGGGCACAACCUCCCUCUGGAGAACUAGGCUGUGUGAUCUGUUAACUCCUUUGUAGGAUAUCGGGAGACUCUCCCAAGAGCACUCCAAGGACAAAGACUUGAAAUCAAGCAGCUGUGAGAGUGGGAUGCUGUGGAAGUACAAAACACGUUGCUCUGUUAUGCAAACUGUCUUUGUGUAAGAUAAGAAAGUGCUGGUAGGUAACUGGAGCUGGACAUGGGAAUUAAGGCUGGAAUGGAAUGAUUUGUCUUGGAGUGUGUAAAGUAAACAAUAUAUAACCAGGAGGAACCAGAUAAUUAUGGAGUGUCUGAAGCAGCUCUUGCAGGGUAAAACCUUUCACGGCCACCUGCACCAUAUCAGUAAUACCAUAUAAGGCUGAGAUUACCAAGGUAACAAUAUCAGAAUUUUCAGGCUUAAUUAUGGGUGUGCAAAACUGAGGAAGAAAUAAUCUGGGUGGAUUGGCUGUUUGGGAGGAGACUGAGGUAUGGGAAGCAUCAAUGUGGCAGAAAAAGUCGAUCUUGAAAUAAGAAAACAUAUAAAAUGAGAUAAAGGUGAGAUCAGCUGACUGAAGGAUUGUGGGUGUCUGGAUGAUAGUGAAGCCUGAGGACUCAAGCUCACAGGAAUGCUGAAGUGAUGCUCCUUGAACAACCUGCUGGACUCUACAUCAGCUUUUGAGACUUAGCAACUGCUCCACAGAAGUGCCCUCUGUGUAAAACCCCAGGCUCUUGCACAAUGUACCAGUCCAGCUUUAUGCCACGGGAAUAUUACCCAGCCAUGAUCCCACCUUCUGCCUACACCUACCCACCUCUGCGGCCUGGGAGAGCAGAAGACAUGUCCAGACCUGUGAUGUUCCCUCCCAUCCACAUGCCCAACUUCUACAGUCGACCCAUCACCUUUGUGGUGGACCGGAACAGCUACCCUGACUAUGCAGGAGGUCAGGUGGAGUAUCAUCAUCUCUAUAGUGCCUCCAAUCCCUACAUCUAUCCAUACCACACCUGGCACUUCCCUCCCAUGGUCCCCAUCCCUCUCUACAAUCCCUAUGCAAACUACCAUCCCUAUGCUACCUGCCAGAGGUCAGAUCAGUAUCGAGAUACGUGGCCAGAAGGCUUCACAAUGAGAGGGGAGCUUCAAUGGGGGAAGCUUGGAAAGGUGUUUGGGCCAAGGAAAGACCUCCCAGAAUUUGUGAAGGAUGAUCUCCGGAGGGUUUAUGGCACCUACCCUCGGACCAAUGUUUCCAUAUCCUAUCGGAAAGGAGAGUUCUUGGUCAAGGGAGACCCCAAGAUAGAAGACCAGGAAUAUGCAGUGGAGAAAAAAGUCAUCCAGCAGGCUGUGACCCCCAGUGCCAGUGAGGCAGAUGACAGCAGUGAGGACCGGAACCGUAAGAAGAAAAAGAAACUGAGACAUUGAGGCAGUCAGAUACCCAAUAGACCGAUGCUCCAGUACCCUCAUGGGAGCCAGUUGGCAGCUGGUUUUGGUGUGGUUGGCAAAUAACACAAGCAAUGGAUGCCACCAUUCUUGUUGAUUUCUUUUAAUUGCUCCUCAUUCACCACAACCUUAUGGCAGAUUUACCCUUUUUGAUGCAAAAUGCCCAUCCUGUGAAGAAACCACAUGGCACUUUACUGUUGGAUCAGCUCAUUGGUCCUGGUUUUGAAAUGAACAUUUGAUUUCCACAAGUUUGGUUGACUGGUCACAGCCUGGUGGGGGAAUCUCCAAACUGCAGCCCUUGAUCAGAGAAAUGGGCCUCUUCCUACCUUGUCCAGGGGAAGGGCCUGUAAGCUGGUUUUCUUCCUGGAGAAAUGAAAGCUGAAUUUCCUUCAGGCUGAGGUCAGUGCAGGUCCCAGAAGACACAGGGGUUCUUGAACACGCUAAAGAACAAUUGUCUACAUGUCUUGUCACUGCUGUUUAUGACCAUAUCACUGUGCUUUAUCACCACAUGAGGCCUCUAUGCAGCACUUCCCUACACUCUGGUGUCCCCAUCCUCUUACACGUGAUAACGUGGUGCUCAGUAAUCCUGGCCACAUGUCCUUAUUGAAACUGCUGUUGAGGCCCUGCUCUGGGUCUGACUUGGCUCUGGUUCGAGGUGCUGGCUCCCCAGUGAGGGUACUGGAGUUGUGUGUACCACAGCACUUCCAUAGCUUGGUGGUUGUACUGGAAGAGCUGUGCUGGAGGGUUGUGAGGGGCUGGGUAUGACUUACUUGCAAACUUCUGUACCUUUUAAAUGAUUAUAAACAAUAAAAAAACCCAAAUGCAAA